AGCUGAACAAAGCCUCAGAGAUUUACAGGAGCAGUUGGAAAAGGCCCAGGAGGAGAAGCGCACAGUGACGGUAGAGAAGAAGAAUCUGGAGGAAAAGAUGAGGGAUGAGAUUCAGGGAGCUCAGGAAGAAGCAAACCGUCUGCACAGACUGCGAGAUGGAGCUGUGACUGAACUCAGCCGUCUGUGGUAUGCGGAGGAGGAGCUCGAACAGGUGCGCGGUGCACUGAAGAGGGCAGAGAAAGAUAUGCAGACCCUUUGGUCAGUUCCUGAAUCCUUGCAGCUGUGGCUACAGCUCACCCAUGAGGUGGAGGUUCAGUACUACAACGUCAAGAAGCAAAGUGCAGAACAACAACUCAUCACAGCUAAAGAUGAGGCAGAGAAGAUCAAGAAGAAAAGGAGUUCAGUGUUAGGUACCCUACAUGUUGCACACAGCUCCUCGCUGGAUCAAGUGGACCAGAGAAUUCUGGAGGCCAAGAAUGCUCUCGCAGAGGUGACUGCGUGUCUACGGGAGCGUCUGCACCGCUGGCAGCAGAUUGAGAGCUUGUGUGGUUUUCCUCUGAUGAAAAAUGCAGGUCUGCCAAAUCUCACCGCUACACUCUACCCAGACCCCAACUGGAUGCUCAUGCCUCGAGCUGCACUGCAGUCCUACCAAGUGCCUGUUUCAGUGGAGGACAUGGAGGAGGAAAUGCCACAGAUUAUACCACAGAUUCCUGUCACAGUUGCACCUUUGAAGUGUUCUCCACGGUCUCUGGUUCGCUCCCGUCGAUCUGGGCAUAUGGUGCCAUCUCCUGUCAUUGUAUCACCUGACCCAGACCUCCUGAUACCCAUACGAUCUCCACAAAGCCGAUAUGGAGAUGAUGAAGAAGGACAUAUCAAAUACACCCCUAUUGUGAAACAGGAGUCAAUGGAAACAUCUUCAGAUACAGAGUCCAUCGGUUCCUCCAUUAGCCGAAAGUACAGCACCCUUGACGUCCCACCACGAAGAAAAUACAUUUUCUCUGAUAAAAUGCCUCGAAAGAUCUCCCUGGAUGAACAAGAGGACACUUCCUCACGCAAAACUUCUCAGGAGGAGAUGGACGAGUCUUUGAUGGUGACCACCUCAAGGAAAGCAUCACGAGAGGAACUGGACAUCAAUACUCCAUCAAGAAAGACAUCUAGAGAAGAAUUAGACGAGCCUCCUAAACAACUGUUUAGAGGAGAAACCGAGAUUUGCUUUGAUUCAAGGAAAUUACCCAGAGAUCUGUCUUUAGAUUCGACAGUGAGGUACUACUCUACAGAAAAGAUGUCUCCAGUUGCCAUCAGCAUGGACAGUCAAAGACAACGAUCGAUCAGAGAGAGAAAAGAUCACAUGGACAGCAUUUCUAGAGUUAUACCAAAAGCAGAGUUUGAUAUAGAUGCCACAACUGGAUCUAGAUAUGCAGAUGCCUUACUCAACACAUCCAUUAAACACAAAGAAAACCUGGACUUUGCAAGUAACAUCCAGCGAGGAAGAAUGUUUAGGGAAAACUCCUUUGAUGCCAACUUUGAUAGUUCAGUGGAAAGCUCGAAGAAAUUGAAGACGUUAGCCAGAGCAGACCUAUCCAAAGACAUCCCUUCACGGAUGAUGACUCAAGAUGAAUUCGAUGCGUCAGCAGAUUUGGAAAGACUAAAAAUGAGAGACAUUGCGAUGGAGACUGCUUCGAGGAACAUACUGAGAGAAGAGUUUGAUAGAAGCAAGUCCUUAAAAGAGAGCAGGGAUAUCCGGAUGGAAAUUCCAUCAAAAAAACUCUUCCGGGAUGAGCAAGAGGUCGCGAUGGAGACACAACGGAUUCAGCAGAAAUUAGACAGCUCUCUGGAAACUCCAAUUAGUAAAAUACAGAGAGAGCUCAUGGGUCUGUCUGUGGAGGCUCCAAGGCGCAAGAUAUCGCAGGAGGAGUUUGUUGUUUCAAACCCAGGACAGUUUGGCCCUCCUGACCUCACCGCCAGUUCUUUGAUGCUCUGCAAACCACAAUUGGAUUCGAUCAGCACACUAGUGUAUGAUGGGAUUCUGGAAAAGUCCUAUGAAAGCCCUCUUAUGUCUAGUCCUGGCGAUCUCAGUCACGCUGCAUCAGUUUCUAGCUCUAUUCAAAGUCUUGUGGGAAAUGAAGGACAAUCAGCCCAUUCGUCAUCUUCAGAAUCUGGCGGCAAAGAAAAAGGCAAGAAAACCUCUAAGCUCAAGAGUUUGUUUAAGAAGAAAAAGGAGAAGGAUAAAGACUCAUGAAGGUCAACAAGUAGAAAUUUAGUCACUAUUAAAAUGUCUGAAGAUCUUAGAAAACUGUCUUAGAAAUCAGCCUCAUUGACCUAAACUGAACAUACUCAAUGCCUUGUAUUUAGAUGUUCGCACACAAAAAAAAAAUCUGCUGGAUUUGAUAAGAAUCAUAAAAUAACCUGUUUAAUGCAGUCUGGUAAAACAAUACAGCAGAACUCCACUUUGGAUUGGAUUCAUAUAAACCAGUAUACGGUUCCAGUGUUUUUAAAGUAAUACCACAGGUGAAUUAUGUGCUAUCCAAGGAAUGUUUCAUGUAACACUUGCUCAUUUUACAAAUCUGAACAACACUUUUCCUGGAUAAAAAAAAAAAAAAACAUUUUGUCUGUGGAAAGUUCCAUCCCGGAACCAUAUGUGCCAGUAGAGAACCUAUUUUAAAGGGUGUACAUGCUCAGUCCAGUAAUCUAAAUAAGACACUAUUGAAUGAUUUUAAGGUAGAGAAACAACACUGGCUCAUUGGAACUAUGUGCUUCAGCCUACAUUUUUGUGAAACUAAAGAUGUAAUUAAACAGACAUUUGACUGCAGUUAAACAGAACACUGCCAGGCAGUAUGAUGCCAACAAAUUUGAUUAUUUCCAUACUGUACAAAUAAAGGAUUAUAUUUGUGCCAUUUUUGGACAAUGCCAGAUAAACACCACAAAAAACAUCAUGAUGUAUGAAUUAUGAAAUGGUAAUCAAAAAACAAUUGCCUCGCCUGUUUAUCUUCAUAUUGACAACGUUUUUGAUGUGAUCAGUUUGCUCUGUAACUCACUUUGUAUAGUGUUGUACUUGUGCUGCUUAGUUUUGAGUCUGGUAAAGCAUGUUUCUACCAAAAAGACGAAAACAAUGUGAAAUCAAGGUAUAACAUGGCCCCAUG